AUGUCAAAACCUGGCCGUACCAUUUUAGCAAGCAAGGUUGCUGAAACUUUUAAUGCGGAAAUCAUCAAGAGUGUGGAGGAAUAUAAGAAGAUACAUAAUGAUCAAGGCCCUCUGCUUGUGGGAUUCCUAGCUAAUAAUGAUCCUGCUGCUAAGAUGUAUGCUACAUGGACCCAAAAGACUAGUGAGUCAAUGGGGUUUCGUUAUGAUUUAAGAGUGAUUGAAGAUAAGGAUUUUUUGGAAGAAGCUAUAAUACAGGCUAAUAACGAUGACUCCGUGAACGGUAUUAUGGUGUAUUUUCCUGUUUUUGGCAAUGCUCAAGAUCAGUAUUUGCAACAGGUUGUAUGCAAGGAAAAAGAUGUUGAAGGGUUGAACCACGUUUACUACCAAAAUCUGUACCAUAAUGUUAGAUACUUAGACAAGGGAAACCGUUUGAAAUCCAUCCUACCUUGCACACCACUAGCCAUCGUUAAGAUAUUAGAAUUUUUAAAAAUUUACAACAAUUUGCUACCAGAGGGCAACAGGCUGUAUGGGAAGAAAUGCAUAGUAAUAAACAGGUCAGAAAUUGUUGGUAGACCACUGGCUGCACUUUUGGCUAAUGAUGGUGCCACGGUCUUCUCGGUGGACGUUAAUAACAUUCAGAAAUUCACCCGUGGUGAAAGAUUGAAAUUGAAUAAGCACCACGUAGAAGACCUAGGGGAAUUCUCUGAAGACUUGUUAAAAGAAUGCUCUCUUGAUGCAGACGUGGUCAUUACUGGUGUCCCUAGCGAGAAUUACAAAUUCCCCACUGAAUACAUCAAAGACGGUGCCGUAUGCAUCAAUUUUGCAUCCACUAAAAACUUUAGCGACGACGUUAAGGAGAAGGCUUCUCUUUACGUUCCAAUGACAGGUAAAGUUACUAUUGCAAUGUUGUUGAGAAACAUGCUACGUUUGGUAAGAAACGUGGAAUUAUCUAAGGAAAGGUAG